UAAUUAUGGUGUGUUAACUGUAUGCAAAUAAAAACCUUCAAAAUGGGACAAUUCCAAUCAAUUAAUAGCAAGACGGUGAGACUAAGUAUAUUGGAUGAUAGUGUUGCAUUGGAUGAGACAUAUGACAGGGUGGAACGAAUGCUGAGGAACUUUUGUGACACUAACGAAGAAAAAGAAAUACUAAGCUGUUGGGAGAAGGCAGUAAGCAAGAAGUGUCGUAACCCGUUACAACUGUGGAGUGCGUUUGGUUUGGCGAUGCGGGCGCUUGAAAACUGGGGAAAACAUCGGAGUUUUCUUGCAUUUUCAAUUCGACAGGUCGAGUUAUCGCAAGAGUUUGAAAGGUCCAGCGAUUUGUUCGCUGGUAUGGAUUCUGUCAACAGCGCAAUUCUCGUUGCCGAUUCAUAUUUAAAUAUGGCAAAGGGGAACCUUCUGAUGUCUCAAUACAAGAACAGCGAAAAAUACGCCACCAAGUGCCUGAGUGUGCUUUGCUCCGUCCGAAAAAGCAACCUCAAUGCUAUCAAAUUGAGUGGUUAUGCAUACUUGUACAAGGCAAGAUCGAAUUUAGGCUUUAGUAACUUCAGAAAUGCCCUUGAAGACUUGGAGCGAUCGCUCCGUGUGGCUCACGACCAAGAGGACAGAAGACUUGAGUGUUUUGCUUGUUGUGCUAUGGGUGCUUUGUAUCUACAGUUGAAAGACUACGAAAAGGGAAAUUUCUUCUCCAUAAAAUCGUGUGAGAUCUGGACACAAUGUGGAUCAAGUUGGAGCACACGCACCAAAGUCACCACUCAGUUGAAUCUCGCUGAAGCUUACAGGAAAGUGGGGAAGAUAGAAGACGCCAUGGUGAUUGGUGAAGAGGCGAUGAAAAUAGCGAUCGAAAACGACGAUCGGUCAUGUCAAGCUUACGCCAUGUUGUGUUUUGCUGAUAUACAUCGUGUAAGGAAAGAUGAAGAAAGAUCGUUACCAAGGUAUAACUCAGCAUCAGGGCUCAUGCUGGAUACGGGCGACCAGUACGGAUACAUGAUGUCAACUAUAGGAAAAGCUAAAUUGUAUCUGCAGACGAAAGAUUAUCAAAAGGCAAUCCAAGAAUAUUUUGCGGGUCAAAAAAUAGCUGAAGCUAUUGGCAACAAGAUUACAUCCAUGCAUAUCCACGGUGAACUGGCUCUCUUGUUUCAACGAUUAUCCAACCAAGACGAAGCGAGAGUGAGAACCCUAAGAUAUCAUCGACUUCUCGAAACUAUGGAACUGUUUUGCGGUAUAUGCGCUGAACCGAUGGCGGAGAAAAACGAACAGCUUGAAGCUCUUCCAUGCUCGCAUUUUUUCCACUUGAAAUGUGUUUCUAAUAACGACGCUUUGGAAAUGCGGAUGUGUCCUAGUUGCCAGAAGAAGCCAAUGAAGCAAGCCACUCUUUGACGUUUCCAUUUCCCAAUACCAACCAUAUGUUUAUAUUCCUUGCUAUAUAAUCAAGCAGUUGUUGUUUAUGAUACGACGGUAACGUGGGUGUCAGAUAUUUCAGUAUAAGUUUUAUAUAGCAGGAACUAUAGUCUCACUCGCCGGAAGUUGUACAGUAUUAUUAGCGGAGUAGUUUUAGUUUAACUACUUUUUCACUAAACAUAGGUUUCGUAAACAGGGGUUGCAACAAGCUGUCUGCACAGACUUGCUGUAGUACCAUGUGGGAAAGUUGCUGGGAUGCCGUUUAGUAUACUAAGUAUAGUAGAUGGGGGAAGACGGGACACCUUUAGCACAUAAUAUCCGAAUAUCCUGAUUGUGUUUUAAACAAGUAACAACGGUCUAUGGGGGUCGUGAGGAUACGGUUUUAUAAAGCAAAUGGGACGAGAAAAUGGAGUAAAAAGGUGUCCUAUCUUCCCCCACCAUACUAUACAUAAAAAACAUAUUCUUUUCCAAAAUUGUUAAAGGUGAGUUACUAUGGUUUAAAUCGCAGUUCUAAUCUAUGAGAUUUUAUCCGAUGUCAUAAACCCCAAUAUACAAUCGUUCAGUUUA